UCCUCCUGGGUGUUUGAACAGGAAGGCGGACAUGUUGGCCAAGCCGUGCUGAGAGAAAAUUGUGCACAGUAUGCGAUUGUUUGUCAAAAAGUAAUACAUAUCGGACUUAAUUAAUUAUUUAUAUUUACUUUAAGACGUACAACGGAGUGGACGAGACUUAGACAUUGACAGUAAGUCGGACGCAACGGAAGGACCUGAAACGUUGAAGGGACUCCGUGUUUAAACUUCGAAAUUUGGAAGAAGCAGAAGUUUUUUUUCCCACCACUUCUACUUUUGAGCUGUCAGACUCAGGUUUUUUCCUGCAAGGGCCUACUACUGACAUGGAAACGGGCCAGGACUAGUGCUUCCUACAGACUGUUUAUUUUUUUAGAAGACAUGGCAUUUACCUUUUAAUUGCCUUUCGUUGAAUGCACCAACGUUUUAAGCCUUUAUCCUCAGCGGCAUCCUCCGGAGGUUGUCUAAUCUGUCGCCACAUUUAUCUUUUGACACUGAAGUUGUUUGCCACUCAUACUGGAACUAACAUCUUCUAGUUUCCAAAAAUGCGGAACAUUAACUGCGACCUCAACACCUUUGUCUGCGAAAAGUCGAGGACAACGACGUUUUUGCUUUGAAGGGAGGUGCAAAGUUCACUCGAAGAAAGGAACAUUUGGCUAGCUCAAGCUAGGUAGCCGCCUCGCCGCUGAGCUGUUUUUGUUCGUAAAUAACGCAACGUCCGGACUGAGUUUCACAGCAAAAUGUCUUCGGUGGAAAGUAUCGACAGUCGAUUUGAGAAAAUCGAUGCCAUAUUGGAAGACCCUCAGUCAGAAAUUAACACGGAUUGUCUGCUGGAUGGCUUGGAUGCUCUGGUGCAUGACCUUAGCUUCCCUGCCCUGAGGAAAAACAAGAGCAUUGACAACUUCUUGAAUAGAUAUGAGGAAUCCAUUAAAAAAAUCCGAGAUCUGCGAAUGAAAGCAGAAGACUACGAAGUGGUUAAAGUUAUUGGAAGAGGUGCAUUUGGAGAGGUUCAGUUGGUUAGACACAAAGCCACGAGAAAGGUGUACGCUAUGAAGCUUCUGAGCAAGUUUGAGAUGAUCAAAAGGUCAGACUCUGCUUUCUUCUGGGAAGAGAGAGACAUCAUGGCUUUUGCCAACAGUUCUUGGGUGGUUCAGCUCUUUUUUGCAUUCCAAGAUGACCGCUACCUCUACAUGGUGAUGGAAUACAUGCCUGGUGGAGACUUGGUUAACCUAAUGAGCAACUUUGACGUCCCAGAGAAGUGGGCCCGCUUCUACACCGCUGAGGUGGUGCUGGCUCUGGAUGGGAUCCACUCUAUGGGCUUCAUUCACAGAGAUGUGAAGCCUGAUAACAUGUUACUAGACAAAACAGGACACCUAAAGCUGGCAGACUUUGGGACCUGCAUGAAAAUGAAGGAGGAUGGUAUGGUACGAUGUGACACAGCAGUGGGAACACCAGACUACAUUUCGCCUGAGGUACUGAAAUCGCAAGGAGGAGAUGGCUAUUAUGGCAGGGAGUGUGACUGGUGGUCUGUCGGAGUGUUUCUGUAUGAAAUGCUCGUUGGAGAUACGCCAUUCUAUGCAGACUCACUGGUGGGGACCUACAGCAAAAUCAUGAACCACAAGAAUGCCCUGACCUUCCCGGAUGACAGCGACAUCUCCAAUGACGCCAAGAAUCUAAUUUGUGCCUUUUUGACAGACAGGGAGGUUCGACUGGGUCGUAAUGGUGUCGAUGAGAUCAAGAGACACCGUUUCUUCAAGAAUGACCAGUGGACGUUUGAGAAUAUCCGAGACACUGCUGCUCCUGUGGUGCCUGAGCUGAGCAGUGACAUCGACACCAGUAACUUCGACGACAUCGAGGAGGAUCGGGGAGAGGUGGAGACCUUUCCCAUCCCGAAGGCUUUUGUGGGAAACCAGCUUCCAUUUGUCGGCUUCACGUAUUACAACAACGAGCAUGUUUCACGCCGCUCCACCUCCAAAAAACCCAGCGAUAAACAUAGUAGUUCUACAAAAGAAGACAAGAGUCAUCUGGAGAGUCUGCAGAAACAAAUCUACCAGUUGGAGAAGCAGCUUCACAGUGAAAUGCAACUAAAAGAUGAGUUGGAACAAAAAUACAGGGCAUCAAACACCAAGACUGAGAAGAUCAUGAAAGAGCUGGAUGAAGAGGCAAACCUGAGGAAGAGUGCAGAAGCCAGCGUGUCUCUGCUGGAGAAAGACAAGCUCAUGCUGCAGCACAGAUUCACCGAGUGCCAAAGAAAAGCUGACCAGGAAGCAGAGAAGAGACGCAAUUUGGAGAACGAGGUGUCAACUUUAAAGGAGCAGCUUGAAGAUAUGAAGAAGAUCAGUCAGAACUCACAGGCUUCAAAUGAUAAGAUUGCCCAACUCCAAAUGCAGCUGCAAGAAGCAAAUGUCUUGCUGCGAGCGGAAUCGGACACUGUUGCAAGACUGAGGAAGAACAACGGGGAGUUGACGCAAACGACGAGCCAGUUGGAGAGUUUGAACCGUGAGCUGCAGGAGAGGAGCCGUGCAGCUGAUGCAGUGAAGGCACAGCUGGAGAAGGAGCUCCUGCUUCUUCAGAGCACGUUGGACUCAGAGCGCAGGAACUACAGUCAGGGCUCAGAGGAGAUUAGUGAGCUGCAAGCAAGACUAUCUGGACUACAAGAGGACAGCAAAAACUUGAAGCUCAGCCUCUCCAAAGUGGAAGCAGAACGCAAGCAGGCCCAAGAAAGGAGUAAUAACCUGGAGAAGGAAAAGAACAGUCUGGAGAUUGACCUGAACUACAAGCUGAAGACGUUGCAGCAGCGUCUGGAGCAGGAGCAGACGGAGCACAGAGGGACCCGAGCACAGCUCACUGACAAAUACGAAUCUAUUGAAGAAGCCAAAUCAGCUGCCAUGAAUGCUGUUCAGCAGAAGAUGGGAGAGGAGACCGGAGCGAGGAUGCGAGCGGAGAGCCGGGUCCUGGAGGUGGAGAAGCAGUGCUCCAUGUUGGAAUUCGACCUAAAGCAGUCUGUGCAAAAAAUGGAGCAGCUGAUGAAACAAAAGGAAAGGCUGGAAGAAGAUGUGAAAAGUCUGCGUAUGCAGCUAGAACAAGAGUCAAGCAAGCGUUGUCUGGCUCAGAAUGACCUUAAGAUCCGCAUGCAGGAUGUGGAUCGUCUAAGGUGUUCAGAGAAGCAGCUCAAGCAGGAGAUCAACACGGCACUAGAGAGCAAACGCUCCCUGGAGUUCCAGCUGGCACAGCUGACUAAACAAUAUCGAGGCAACGAGGGACAGAUGAGGGAACUUCAGGACCAACUUGAAGCCGAGCAGUAUUUUUCUACACUUUACAAAACUCAGGUCAAGGAACUAAAAGAGGAGAUUGAGGAAAGGAACCGGCAGAUCCAGGAAACACAAAAGAAGGUGCAGGAUUUGUUGAGUGAAAGGGACUCCCUGUCUGCUCAGCUGGACCUGACGGUGACCAAGGCAGAGUCGGAGCAGCUGGCUCGGGCUCUUCAAGAGGAGCAAUACUUUGAGCUCAUUCAGGAGAACAAAAAAGCAACAGGGAGACACAAGCAGGAGAUUGAGGACAAGGAGGCUACUAUUGCUCGGCUUGAGGAAUCAAAUAAAACUUUAACCAAAGAUGUUGAGAACCUCAGCAAAGAGAAAGCAGAGUUAAAUGAGAAGCUCCGUGUCCAGGAAGAAGAAUAUGCAGAGCAAAAGGAGGAGGCUAUAAAUGCAAUCAAAGCCAACUAUGAAAAGACCCUCAGCACAGAACGGACACUGAAGACUCAGGCGGUCAACAAACUAGCAGAGAUCAUGAACCGUAAAGACAUGAAGCUCGACCAGAAGAAGAAAGGCAGCACGGCGGAUCUACGGAAGAAGGAGAAGGACAACCGCAAGCUUCAGCUGGAACUCAAUCAGGAGAAGGAGAAGUUCAACCGCUUGGUCGUCAAACACCAGAAAGAGCUUGAUGAGAUGCUGGCUCAACUUGCAGAGGAAUUCACGUACCGCAACGAGCUGCAGAUGCAGCUGGACAGCAAGGAGAGCGACAUCGAGCAGUUCAGAGAGAGGCUGAACGAUUUACAGCAGCGGAUGGAGAAUUCAAGCGUCACCAGUUUGCAGACAGAUGAAACAGACAGUAACACCCCGGAGUCCAGAUUGGAGGGCUGGCUGUCCAUUCCUAACCGUGCUAAUAUCAAGCGAUAUGGAUGGAAGAAACAGUAUGUGGUUGUGAGCCGUAAGAAGAUUCUGUUUUACAAUGAUGAGCAGGACAAAGAGCAGUCCACUCCCUCUAUGGUGCUCGAUAUCGAUAAACUGUUUCACGUGAGACCAGUCACACAAGGAGAUGUGUACCGUGCUGAGACAGAAGAGAUUCCCAGAAUAUUCCAGAUUUUAUACGCCAACGAGGGCGAGUGCAGGAAGGAGGCUGACAUGGAGACGGUCCCUCAAGGUGACAAAAACUGUCUCCCACACAAAGGCCACGAGUUCAUCCCCACACUGUAUCACUUCCCUACCAACUGCGAGGCCUGCUCCAAGCCUCUGUGGCACGUCUUCAAGCCGCCUCCGGCCCUAGAGUGUCGCCGCUGCCACGUGAAGUGCCACAAGGAUCACCUUGACAAAAAGGAGGAAGUUAUUCCUAUUUGCAAAGUUAAUUACGAUGUGACCUCUGCCCGGGACAUGCUCCUACUGGCUCUGACCCAAGAUGAGCAGAAGAAAUGGAUCACCCACCUCGGAAAAAAGAUCCCUAAAACCCCUCCAACAUUUAAUAGAGCCCCGUCCAUUCGCCCUGCAUCCAACCAGUCCUUCCGCAAGAACCCUAAAAGCAACUCGGGAAAGCUGAGCCGAGCGCAGUCCAGCCUCCAUGCAGCAGACACAACAUCCAGCACUUGUUGACAGGAAGUUCUUCAGAAAGUGUUGAUGUUGCUUGAGUUCUUUUUUGUUUUAGACUUUCCUCUAAAGCUUUAGACCUGUGUUCAUUCAUCUCACUGGGUGUUUCUAACUUGAGACACUUCCUGCUUCAUUGGUUGGUUGGUUGGUUGACUCCUGGGCUCUGUGCAAUUUACACUUGGGAUGUUUCUGAUUGGCUCUCAUGUGUUGGUUAACUAACUUUUAGGCUUGCAGCUUUCAAUAGAAUCAUACAGUAUUAUGUAUUUUUAUUUUAGCCAUGAUAUAAAGUUGCUAAUGCUAUCGUCCAGCUUCUCUGCUGUCAGACGGGGCUACUAACAUGUCUUUUACUGGACACCAUCUUUUUUCUUUAUUUUUCAGCUAACCAUCUGAACCAUUUGGAUUUGUUUUUCUGGACUAAACUUUUCUUCUUCUGUCAUCUACAAAAAUGGAAUUGUAAUAAAAAAACAUAAAAUAAAAAAAUGACAAGCCCUGGGAAAUUCUGGCAGAAGGCAUCACGGACUUUAAAAGACUGAUUUUCCUCCGUUUGAAAGAAAAGCAUCAAUCAACUCGACUAACUUGCAGUUCUCCAUUUCUACAAGAAGAUGGCGCAAUUGACUGGAUUUCCUGAUGGACUACAGAGUGAUGGAAGGACUGAUGUUCUGUGUUUCAUGUUUUUGUAGCAGAUGUUCAGGAGAAUGAAAAAGGGCUUAAUCUGGAUUCCUGCAGGUGUGUUUUCAGUGUAGGUACUGUCAAACAGGGAUUGUAGAUCUGCAGUGAUGGGUUGCAUCUCAGGGGUGGAAAAUAAAUCUAGUCAUUUAUUCCCCCACUAUACGGAUAUUUGAGCUAAACACAAAUAGUUUCCACAUAAAAAAAAAGAACAACUGAUGCCUUCAUCUAGUGUCUCUGGCCUUUUUUUGUGUGUGUUUUUUUUAAUCGAUUUGAAAGUCAGUUAUCAGUUUUAGGGUCGUAUAAAAUAACAGAUGUUCUUGAGCAGCAAGCGAAGAGCAUACAAGGUCAUCAUUAAAUCUAUGCAUUAUUUUAUUGCUCCAAGCCAUAAGGAAGCUUGUUGUAAUGGCGCGCAGGAGUAGCAAAACUAAAUGGAUUUUUUUGUUUAUUUGGUACAUUCUCUGUAAUAUUUUUUUGUCAUGUAUAUAUAUUUUUUGUAAUGUAUUGCCUUACAUUGAUCCAUAGAUAAGAGGCUCAAAAGGACAUUAAGUUAAAAUGUAAAUCUGCACUGUUUGACCUGACUGUAAAUUAUUUGUAGAAGACUAAACAGGUGUAGCAUUUGGCCCACCUUGUGCCUUAAUGUUCGGAUAUUGAUUUUACUGCCAUAUUGUUAUAUUUUUUUCAUUGUUUUCCAACGCAAAACAAAUCUUAAAUCUUCCAUCUUUAUUUUAUUCCCACAUAUUAGUGGUUUUAUCAGGACUUUCUUUAUCUGACUUAUUAAUAAACUGUUAGUUUACUUUUGCACCAAAACAUUGUUUUAAAUCAAACUUGGUUCAUAUCAUAUAAGCAUUUUCAAGAGUUUACGUAAAACUAGUCAUCACGUGUGAAUGGUUGUCAUGUUAAAAAUGAGUUGUUUCUUCAACAUAAUGUCAAGUUUAUGCAACACCCCCACUCAGUAUAUAUAAAGAGAAAAGGUUUAUGGAAUACCUCCACAUUCUUUCAUUUGUGUUUUUUUUCCCCAAGUUUAAAAAAAGAAAAGAACAAAAAAGCACUGGAAGUAUGAUCUAUUGUCACAAAAAAAUUGCAUGGUAAAUCUGCAUUGAAGUUCGCACUGAUGGAUAUGCCAAUAAACAUAUCUUUAUCAUA